GUGCAAGAGCAGCAGCAGUACCAGCAGCAGCAGCCCACUGACCAGCAAAAUGACUUCCACUGGAAUGAACAUGAUGAGCAAGAUCAUCUUCUACGAGGAGAGGAACUUCCAGGGUCGUUCCUAUGAGUGCAUGAGCGACUGCCCCGACAUGUCCUCCUACAUGAGCAGGUGCCACUCCUGCAGGGUGGAGAGAGGCUGCUUCAUGGUGUACGACCGCCCCAACUACAUGGGAAACCAGUACUUCAUGAGGAGGGGCGAGUACAGCGACUACAUGAGCAUGCUGGGCAUGAGCGACACCAUCAAGUCCUGUCGCAUGAUCCCCAUGCACAGGGGAUCCUACAGGAUGAGGAUCUACGAGAGGGAGAACUUCGGCGGUCAGAUGUAUGAGCUGAUGGAUGACUGUGAUGACAUCAUGGGUCGUUACCGCAUGUCCAACUGCAUGUCCUGCAACGUGAUGGAGGGCCACUGGCUGAUGUACGAGCAGCCCCAGUACAGAGGCAGGAUGAUGUACGUGAGGCCCGGCGAGUACAGGAACUUCAUGCACAUGGGCAGUAGCAGCAUGAGGUUCAUGAGCAUGAGGCGCAUCACCGACUCCUGCUAUUAG